UUGUUCUCGAAGUCGUUAGCACGACUUGCUCGAUCUACGCAUCCUGAUCACCCCAUGCUGAAAAUCCCAGCGGUACUUCAUGGUGAAGCUCCAUGGUCUUCAGCACAAGCAGAAAUCAGUGUAAUCAAUGCCUAUAAGUCUGCUCGCGACAAACUCUCCUGUGUUGUUCGGUGUUGUGAAACAAUAAGCAAUCUCAUCUCCAUGGCACCUGGCAUGGGUGCAGCGGCAGCAGACGAUAUCACCCCCAUUUUAGUUUACGUCAUUAUCCAGGCAAAUCCUCCCUCGUUAUUAUCAAAUGUGCAGUAUAUCCAAGGUUUUGGUGGCUCACUUCUCGAGGGAGCAGAAGGGUAUUGGUGGACUCAGUUUACAGCUGCCAUCGAAUUUGUCAAAACACUUCUCUAA